UAAUUCUACGGAAUAACGGUAUUUAUAAUUUGCCACGGCCUCUCUUGUCACCCUGCUAAAUAAACGACGAUCUUCCUAAUUUGUCGAAGACCUUAAAGUGGGAUCACCCCAUAGUUAAAAUACUAAUCCGGCCCUUGAUAUUUAUUUCAUUUGAUUUGCUUGCUGAUCCACAGCUGCUGAGUUGUUAUGCCUUUCGUUAAAUUUAAAAAGAGGGCUGAGCCUAAGCCGAAGGUCGUUAGUAAGAGCCCCAGAGUUGAGAAAUUAAGGCCGAAGGACACUCAAUCGUCAGGCUAUGUGCGCCCGACUGAGUACGUGACACAGAUGAACAGGAAAAAUGCUCUGCAACUAGCAGACCAGGAAGUAGCUCUUCAGGAGGUGCUACAUUUUCUUGUACAGGGUCUAGCUUAUCUUCUGCUUAUCCUGAUUAUCUGCAGCUUUGGGUUCGUCACCGGGUUAGAGUACCUAUCGUAUCCUCUCCUGAUGAGACAGUUGACCUGUACGGAAGAAUGGGGAACCAUAUACCAAAGUGUUUUACCGUCAGCCAAUUUACUGGCAAACAUGAUCGGAUCUAUCGUUGGUGGCAUUGCUAUUGAUAAGAUUGGAAGGAGACCAGUAUUUAUUGUUUCUGCGCUACUUGCUAUUGUCGCAGAGUUGGUGAGCAUGAUCUCGAUGGAGACGACCCUGUUCAUAGUGGCACGCGGUCUCUCCUCCCUGAUAAUGGGUGUCCUGUACAUCACCACCCUGCUCUACACGAUAGAGACAUGUCCAGCUAAACACAGACUCCACUCCUACUUCCUACACUUUCUUGCACAAAACGCUGCCACCACCAUUGUCCCUCUCAUUAUAAGUAAUUCUCCGGUUGAUGGGACUACUAACAUUUGGCCUGCUGUCUCCAACAGUGUGGUCGUUCUGUUGGCUCUGGGAGUCAUCGUGGGGAUCCUCUACCCAGAGCCCUCCCAGAGCAGCAAAAUCCGAGCCAACACCGGUUCAAAGUUCCAGAACAGGUUCAGUGUCAUGCAGCUGGAGAAUGAUGACGAGAUUCAUGCGGAGCCUGAAUUCGCAAUGUACACUGACAUGUUUUAUAAGGGCGGCAAGGUUGUGGGGUGUCUUCUCAUACUCCUAUUUUUUAUCGGAGGUUUAACUUCCACAUCAUUGUAUCUCUCGUUUCCCAUCAUCUAUAACUCAAACGGGGUGUGCACUGCGAAUGAACAAUAUUCAAAGCCGUGCAUGGAGGAGACUGCGAGUUAUGCGACUCACGUGACGAGUAUCGACGAGCUGGUAACAGUAUUUGGGUGUUCCAUCUUAGGAUCAGUGCUAGCGUACAUAGCAGUACAGAGAUACGGGAGGAAGAACAGUUACCGGGCCCCCGCAGCUUUUAGAGUGGUCGUUAUUGUCAGUAUGGUGAUGUGUGGCAGUCACCGUCUCAUGCUGUCCCAGGUUGGUCUCCUCGUCCUGUUCACCAACACCAUGGACUUCACGCUAGAUCUUUACUGCUUAGAGCUGUUCGCUGCUAGAAGCAGAGCCACUUCCUUUGGGUUACUCAAAGGACUCAAGUUCUUUGGAACUGCCAUUGCGUUCUUAAUUAAUCCUUUUAUUUUAACGUACGUACCUCCAGACCUUUUGUGGUCAAUAUAUACUGUGGUAGGGACUAUUUUAUUCGGAUGCUCGUUAGGCCUUAGGAAAGACACUUUUAUUAUGGCAAUUAAUAUUGAAGAAUCUACAAUAGACGUUGGAUUGUGACUUGAUUUUAUGAUUUUAGAUUUUUAUCGUAUACAACAUUUCAGCAUUUGA